CCGGAAUACAGUAGAUAUUUCGACUUUCACUUGUGAAACUUGGGUGAUGCAGAGUCAAGCUCCGACGGACUUGGACGUUGCGGCACUUGAGCAUGCGGACAAGAAGCUCAAGCGACGGAGGUACAAGCGGGAUCGCAUGCGCGAGUACACGAGGGGCAGACACGAGGAAAAGGAAGCUUUGCUGGGGCAAUGCGCGGCCUUAGAAGAGCAGGUGCAGGCGUUGCAACUUCAUCGUACGGCGCCGUUGACUUGGAAGGAGAUUGCCACGGCGCUGCGGUAUGCACACGAUGCUGACGUGUCCAAGCUGGCCGUGCUGCGAUCUCUGGCGAUCAAGAACACGACGCUGUUGCGGCAUUUGCAGGCGUGGACGACGCUCAACGCACCGCCGCAGGUAUCGUUGAGCGCGUCCGUGUCGACCUGGCACGACGUGACCCUGAGCGGCGACCCCUCGACGCGACUACUGGGUCAGCGGUGGAUCACGCAGCGCAUGUUGCAUCACUUGGCUGCGAUGUUUCAAACCCAUGAGUUUCCUUCGUCUUCUGGCCACUCGUUCGACGACCUAUCGUUUGAUUUCGACGGCGACGGGCACUACGCCGCCGUCCAACGGUCGCAAUUCCACGUGCCCAUCCGCCACGACACAGCAGUGCCGCCACCAUCCCACGCGAUCUUUGACGCAUGCCACCGGCACCUCGCCGCGUUCCUCAUGCUUCCACCGAACGUCGACCCCAUGAUGGAGGUGACAGGUCACACCAACAUGCUUCGAGUGGUCACGAGCUACGGAGAGGCCAUCAACUUGGUCUGUGGCCACUUUCACGUUAGCCCUACUCGGUGGGUAGUCGUGUGGCAGCAAAUUGGAUCAGAUGACACCAUCGACCAGUCUGGUUGGCCUCAGAAGAAUCGAUCGAUUUGGUACGAGGUUCGCAUAUCGGCCGCAAAUGACGAUAAUACUCUGCAGUGGCGUGUGAUGCAUGUCCUGCCGCAAGCCAAGACGGACGCGGGGGUGCUGUCCAUGCAGAACGAAGCGCGCAAGUGGGGACUCGACCUCGAACGACAUGCUACCGCAGCAUUUGUCCACGCGAGUCGUCUAGUGUGCUCGCAAUUGGCUCGCCACGCAAUGGCGGCGGCGGAGGGACUGUUUUAAUCAAGAGUAACGUUAGUAUAAUACAGUAGAGCCACUGUAUAUACAAUACAGUACUAGUAUGUACAGUACUACUGACCGAGCUCCAUUGGCG